AUGCCUGGAGCAAGUCAGAAAAUUGUUUAUACGCAUUACUUCAAUGUCGCGGAUUGGGAUGCUGCAGGAUGGCAGGCGAUCUGGCCUCAACUCGUUGACGAUGCCAGGCUCAUCAUGGAAGCAUGCGAUGUCAUCCUCACGGGACCAACGCGCCAUUCCGACACCAUAACCCCCCCUGUUGCCUCUGCUGGAGACGGCAUCGUGUUCAAUGGAGUUGGUGAUUACGGACAUGAGCCUUUCUCCCUGAGCAACCAGAACAGUGCAGGCUCAGUGGGAACAGCACGGAAGCCCUACGACUUGGUUGUCUGCUGCGUGCUACUGCGAGCAUAUCGUCUUUCGCCCAGGAAUGUUAAAGUCGAUCCCGACGGUCGAUGGGACGAUGAGCUAUGGAAACGCGUUCGGGAACUGUACCAGACGCUGUGGCAAGGAGAGGACGUUGAAUGUCCGCGGUGGUGGAAUGCUCGCAUGCGGGCGCCUGGGUUUGGAAGGACACAGACGAGCUGGCACCUUGACUCUGUCCUAAAGCGGUAUGAACCAACUACAACAAGCACAGGACGCCGGAGAAGACUAUCAAGAUCAUCCACAAUGACGGGUGCCAACUUGGAUGCCAUCAAGAGAUGGCUACACGCCUGCGAAGAUAACCUCGACCAUGAAAGUUGCCACGAGGGUCCUUUGGAAUGGCAAGACUUCUCCGGUGUACAAUUCCGACUCAUUGACGUUUAUAAACGAUGUAUAGUUGCUCUUCCUAAAGGGUGUACAUUCGCUGCCCUGUCCUAUGUAUGGGGCGGCAUCGAGCAGCCCAAGUUGACCACCGCCAACAUCCAAAGUCUCUCCCAGGACCGUGGACUUGACGAUAUCUGGGAUCAAAUCCCUACCACAAUCAUGGAUGCCAUGCUUAUCUGCGAGAACAUCGGGGAGAGGUACCUGUGGGUUGAUGCGCUUUGCAUAUUGCAGGACUCUACUCGUGACACGAGACUCCAGAUUCUGCGCAUGCGUCGCGUUUAUUCAGCGGCAAGGUUCACAAUCGCUGCCGUAUCAGCCCCUGGUGCUGAUGAAGGGCUUCUUCCGAACCCUGUUCCUGGAGCACCAGCGACAAUUUGCCAUUCCGUCGACGACCUGGACUCGCUGCUGGAAUCAUCUCCUUGGGGGAGCCGCGGGUGGUGUUACCAAGAGCGAGCCUUAUCCCACCGAGCAGUCCUCUUCACAACCAGCGGCAUCUUCAUGCAGUGUCAGAAAGCUGUCGUGAGUACUGACGGCACAUGUCUGCAUAUCAGAGAUACCAAAACCGCGUCCAGCAGUUCGCGGACCGUCGGCGGGCUUCUCGCGAUACCCCCAGGAGAAGGGCUGGAAUACUUUGUGUCCGCCGUGGAGCAUUAUUCCAAGUGCAGCUUCACAGACAACUCCGACAAGAUCUCGGCAUUCCAGGCAGUCUUCCAGCGGUACGAGGGGAUGAUGGAUGGACAACAGUCCGUGUUCCACUACGGCCUCCCGACUUGUGCGUUCGAUCAAGCAUUCUGCUGGCGCACCGAGCUCCAUCAUCCAGAACUGCGAAAUCCUCACUUUCCCAGCUGGUCGUGGCUCGGAUGGGAUUGCGGCGUCACCUUCGACAGGGACUUGCUGAAGAAAGCUCGUACAAACCAAAUGGCUGGAGGAGGCUAUGAUGGGGGCAUACCUCGCCUCAAAGCAGCGCAUUCGGGCCACCGAGCGCGGAAGCCGUGCCAGCUGGCCGAGUUUGGGUUUCCCACCAGUUUCUCGUCAUCGUUCUACAACAUUCCGUUUCUCAGCUUGUUGGCGAGCACAACUGAUCUCUUCAUUUCAUUCACGCCAGAAAGACAGGCGGAGUCGAAUGGACUCUACGCCGUGUUUCCGACGCACUGCAGCCAUAUGACAGUCCUCUCAGUGUCGGCUCGCCUGCUAUCCAACUCAAACCAGACGGAAGUCCGCCACGAUGCCGCAGAGCAUGAUGCCCACGGCGAUUGUGAGGCAAAGCGCCCGUUGGGAUACAUAUGGCUGGACCGAGCAUGGCGAGAGAGCCAGCCCGAGGAGUAUUUCAUGGAGUUCCUGGCUUUGAGUGGACACCCAGAUCCAGAGCACCAGACCCAGUGGACUAUCACCAAGCUCAUGUGUCUUCUUGGAAGAGACGGGCUGGGGAGAUAUGGGAGGUACGAACGGCUGCAACUUAUGGAUUGCUGUAUUUCAGAAGCAAGUUGGGUCAGAAUAGGAGGGAUGACCAACUUUAUCACAAUGCAUUGA